UUAUUUAGGAGACAAAGAAAAUACUAAGGCCUGUGAUAGUAUUGUCACGUCAUAUCUGAGCUUAUUUUCCUUCCUUUCCUUAUUCUUUUUAUCACGGUUUGCUUUUUGUGUUCAUAAGUUGAUUCAUUUGUUUCCUAUUAGUAUUUGAAACACCAUAUGCCACUGUAAGUCCUAACAAAGUGACCUGUAAUGAGGAGGGGGAAGGCCUAUGUUCCCACCUUCCUGUUAAGUUUUGGCCUAUUCACGAAACUACCCCCAGGGAAGAGAGAGAGUUAUGCUUAGAAAGGAAGAGGUUGAUAAAAACCUUUGGCAUGGUGUUUUAUGACUUAAAAUUUUUAAGUAGUAGUUCUUUUUUUUAAAUUAAUUAUUUUAUUGGCUGUGUUGGGUCUUUUAUUUUUUUGCUGUGCGUGGGCUUUCUGUUUAGUUGCGGUGAGUGGGGGCUACUCUUCGUUGUGGUGCGCCGGCUCCUCAUUGCUGUGGCUUCUCUUGUUGCAGAGCACAGGCUCUAGGCGUGUGGGCUUCAGUAGUUGCAGCACUUGGGCUCAAUAGUUGUGGCUCACGGGCUCUAAAGUGUAGGCUCAAUAGUUGUGGUGCACGGGCUUUGUUGCUCCGCGGCAUGUGGGAUCUUCCUGGAGCAGGGAUCGACCCUGUGUCCCCUGCAUUGGCAGGUGGAUUCUCACCCACUGCGCCACCUAGGAAGCCCCUAAGUAGUAGUUUUUAUAUCUAAGCCUUAUUAAUUUUGGUAAGAACAUUACUAUAUCUUUUUUAUUUCACUUUCACUGCUAAGAAGUGCCAAGCAUCUGGUAGCCUGCCAGUUUAGGAUUUGUGUCAAACAUAACAUAUAUUAGAAACUUGUAUUUUCUUAUUUAAAACCAAACCAAAUAGAUUUUACUAUUGAACUGAGUAUUUUUAUAAUGAAUACAUAAAAUGAAUAUUAAAUAUCCAGGAGAGUAUGUUGAAGUUAACGUUUCUGUUUUGUUUUUAGUAACUUAUUUUAUGGUAUUGUAAUUAUGGCCUGUCAAAAACUCCCUAACAUAUUUUCAACAGCUUUUAGAGAGUCACUUACGCUUAUUUGUUACUACUCUUGUUUUUCCUGUAGCUCAGUUAAGAAAAGCAUAGUUAAUAGUCAGCAUGGUGUUUAAGAGUGGUGGAUUGUAGGACCAGACUGUCGGGGUCUGGAGCCCGGCUCUGCUGCUUACUAGCCGUGGGACCUUGGGCAAGUGACUUCCCUGUCAGUUUCCUGACGAUACUAAUAGUACUUGUGCCAGGGGUGGUUGUGAGGAUUAAGUGAGUUAAUGUAUAUAAGGUGCUUAAAACCGUGCCUGGCGCUUAGCACAAUGUAAGUACUAUUAUCAGUACCUGAACAACGCCCAGGGUACUGCUUCUAGUUGCAUUGCUCCCUCCUUCAACGACUCGUGGGUCCGUGUUGUCUUCAGAGCACACUCCUCUCUUCCGUAUCCAUUCCAGUUUCAUUUCAGUUGCAGUUCUUAGAGCCUCCAUGAGCCUGGUUAUAUCUUAAUAAAUGAAUUUGUGUUCUAAACGGAUCUACUCUUUCAGGGGAAAAGACUUUGUUGUACAGAAACAGUGUUCAAAAUAACACAUCAAUUAAAACCUUUAUACUAAGAUGUUUGUCAAAUUGGGAUCUUUUCAGGCCAGCUGUGUACAGGAAAACUUUGAAUCAAAACAAGGUGUUAUCUAACUUAGGGAAGAAUGAACCAGGAUAUUCAGUACUCCUCACAUAUUCUCGAAAAUCAGUGACAUGAGUCGCUGAUUACAUGAACUUUCCUUAAUUUUACUAGUUCUAGGAUCCUUAGAGCAAGGAGAAAAUUAUGGAAAGGAGGAACCAGGGACACCAACGUUGUACUGUUAAUGGUUCGUUAGUUCUUGGGCCCAGGACAGCUCACAGGUGUCAGCUCUUUCCCACUGAAGAAUGGGCUGAAGUUAUUUGCUGGUUUGAGGGUGAGUGACUUCACAUGUUUGCUUGCUUAAGUGCCUCUGGCACUUCUACUGUGGGUUCCUGUGUAUGUAGCUGUGCCUUAGGAUAGUUUCAUUGUAUCUAGGAGGUUGGUACUGGCCCCAGGGUCUUUGGUUAAAACCCAGUUGUAGGAUCAAAGCCUAUCUUAAAGAUUUAAACAGAAAUUCACUAGAUGCUUAUUUUAUUUGCCUAAAUAAUACUACCUGAGCUUGCUUUCUCUGCUAGAAAGAAUGUUCUAAACCAGGAUCACUUCAAAAGAUAGCACUUUAUCAGAAUGGUCCAAAUAUUUACAAAUUACCAAUUUUAGCUUUAUUUGGCGCUGUUUUUUUAAAAAGCCUUUUUUUUGGCAGCUCCUACUGGUGUGGUUAUUAUGAAGUUGUAUGGUUUGUGGGUUAUGUUUGGUGUCAGAACAGAAUGUGUAUGUCUAUCCUUACAAACAUGGAAUCUAGAACUGCUAAUAGUUUACCUAAAGCUCUUCAAAAAUGAGGAAAGGUUUUUCAGAAAAUUGUAAGAAAUAUUUGUUUUUACACACACACACUUGGAUAAGUAAUUUAGGAUUCUUAAUCUGCUGCUUAUUCUCCUUGAAGUUAAAAAAGAUUUUAUUGUCAAACUUAAAAAUGAGGAAUCUUUGAUAAGCCAUGAACUACAAGCUCUGUGACUAAGUUUCUUUAUAAGAGUUACGUGUGGGGGAAAAGUAGCCAGUAGGGUAACAUGAAUACAGAAAACAGUAGACUAUAGAUACGUGUCAUUUGAGCUGUUGGACACUGCAGUAUUGUCUUUGACAAUGAUUGGAGCUUUUUGGGUUUUUUGUUUGUUUUUGUUUUUUCUUUCCUUUGCUAGUUUCAGAAUCCUAUCACAUUGUGGCUAGAUUUCGGUAAGGAAUAUUUCAGAACAGGAUCAUUUCUUGCAUUUUAAGAUUCUGUUUCCGUGAUAAAGCUUGUAUAUUGCUUGAAAUAGAUGAAAUUCGGAUUUAGUGACUAGCUGUAAUAAAGAUGAACAGUGGUAGCUUAGUAGGGAUAUGAGUACAUCUGUCAUGUUGCCAAGUCUCAGCUACCCCUGUGAGGCUCAUGAGCAGUGACCACGGACUGGCCAGGAGAGCUGUCGGCUCCCUCUGUUGUCCCCUUUUCCUUGGUUCACAGAUUACUGUGCACAUUGGGAAUCAUCAAGUCCCGCGCACACCUGGUGUUGCAGCGCCAUCUCUUCCUGUUGCCUUUCCAGGGGCCAUCGUUGUCUUGCCUGUGUGCCUUGUUAUACAAAUCUGACCGUUCUACAUACUGUCCAGUCAGACUUUACAAAUCAUAAGCAGGAUGACAUUCUAAUCGUCGUUUGUUUUACAGAAAGUUUUAUCCCAGUUCACUUUUAACUUAGAAGGACUCUUCUAGCUUAUUAGCAAGAUACAUCUUUCAUUUAAUUUUGGAUCAGAUAGAUUCUCUGUCAAGUUGUCAGUAAAAUUGUUGAUUUCUUUCCUAACAAGUUUUUUUUUAAUCCUAAAAGUAAUUAAAGUUACAGUAAAGAAAAGCCAUGAUAACCACUAAAAUCAAUACUGGAUAUAUUUUUCUUUCCAAUUUUUCUUUCUGUGUAUAGUUUACCUAAUUGUCUGGUUUUAUAUAUAUAUAUAUAUAUAUAUACACACACAUUUUUUCUCUUUCACUUAAUAUAUCUCUAGUUUGUACCCAGCUUUUGCCAGAUACCAGCUUUUGCCAGAUAGUGAUCUUAAUACCUCUUAGUUGUUUGAGGAAACAGAAAAAGGAAUUUAAUAUAUCUCUAUCCCUACACAUUCCCAGCAACAAUUACAGACCAAGCCAUCACACUGGUUGCUUUUCUAGUCUGCAUGUGAGGCUGAAGAUCUUAAAUUUAGUGUUGAAGGUGAGGAACAAGGCUGUACAGACAUUGUGAGGAAGGUAGCUAGAGAAGUUACUGAUUUCUUAAUUUCCAGAAGCAUCUACGUUGCUUCUCUGUGUUUUGCUGGUUUAGUACAUAGCUGCUGUGGACCAGACUUGUACCACUUGGGAUGCUUUAAUGCUUUUUCUUUUUCUUGGACAAACAUGUCCUGAACACCUGCUACAAGCUGCCUUUGUGCAGGGUACAAAGAUGAAUAGACCUGGCUGUAUACAAAGCAGUUGAAAUCAACUGUCGGGGUGCCACACCAGCUGUAUUCAUACAGUGUGGUGGAAACAUGGAAGAGGGGGUGAUUGAUACCACUGGGCAGGGGAGGGCAAGAAACUCUCAUGCAGAGAGAAGCCAGAAGGGUGAUCCAGACACAGGAGCAACCUGAUCAAAAGUAUGGAGAUCAAGGGUGAGAGGAGGCUGUGGUGUUUGAGUGGUCCGUAAACUGUGGCUCGUACACCGAAUCUAGCCUGCUACCUGCUUUUGUAUGGCCCGUGAGCUAAGAAUAGUUUUUACAUUUUUAAUGGUUGAAGAAGAAGAAUAGCUCACAGCACAUGAAAAUUAUAUGAAAUUUAAUUUUGGGGACUUCCUUGGUGGUCCACUGGUUAAGGCUCCACACUUCAAAUUGCAGGGGGUGUGGGUUCGAUCCCUGAUCGGGGAACUAAGAUACCACAUGUCCUGUGGCUUGGCCAAAUAAAAAAAAAUUUAAUUUUCAGCAUUCAUAAACAAAGCUUUAUAGGAACCCACACUCAUUGGUUUACAAAUUCCCUAUGGCUGCUUUUGCAGUUUAACCACGGAGUUCAGCAGUUCUGAUGGAGGCCAGACCGUUGCAUUGUUCAGUGCACUACAAAUCAUGGUGACACAGUUACAGCUUGAUAGUGUUUCCAACACCACGUGUGUCAGCAUACCACAAUGUUUUAUUUAGUCUAUCACCAGUCCCCAGCUACCACGUCAGAACAAGAGAAGAAGAGAAAAAUAGACUUGGAAUGUUAUGUUUUUAGGGCACAGUGGAGUGUGGAUUUUCUUGUCAUUGAAUUAGCUGGCAAAGUUACCUGUAAUUAAAAAGCUGUGCUGAAAGAAUCCAGUAACAUUACCAGACUACGUAGUUGUCACAAUAUUCCCAGCUCAUAGAGAUGCAACGGUCAGAAAAAUUAGAAAAUUUUAAAGAGACUGUUUCAUUACAGCAGAACUUCUUCACGAAAAUGAAAAUGAGGCUACAACUGAAGGAAGUUCUGAGUGGCUAACUUGUUAGCCAGGCAAGGAAAGCCAUUUACUGAUAGUGAAGUAAUUAAAUUAUAUUAGAUUGCAGAAACUGAAGAAAUAUGUCUGGAGAAAACAAACUUGUUUAAGAGCAUUAGCCUUUCAGCAAGAACAGUUUCUCAAAAUGUUGAGGUCAAUGGGAACAACAUCAAUAGUCAAUUAAAAAACAAGGCAAAUGAUUUUGUGUGGUUUUUCUUGGCUCUUGAUGAGUCAACAGAAGCUACUGUUCAGUUGUUUUAUUCAUGAAGUCCAUGCCACAUUUGAAGUGACUGAAGAAGUAGCUUCUAUGAAUAGUCUACUUAAAACAACUACAGCUGAGGAUAUUUUCUUUUCAGAAAUGUUAAGAAAACCCUAAUUCAGUACAACCUGAAGUAUAAGCUGCUGCUAUCUGUUACAACUGAUGAUGGUAGGAAUAUGUGUGGAGCAGAAAAAAGAUUUAAUUGGACAAAUUUACAAAGCUUGUGAGGAUGUAAGGUGUUUAUAAAUUUAUUAUUUAUUUUAUUGGCUGUGUUGGGUCUUCGUUGCUGUACACUGGCUUUCUCUAGUUGCAGAGAGUGGGGGCUUCUCUUCCUUGAGGUGCGCAGGCUUCUCUUUGCGGUGGCCUCUCUUGUUGCAGAGCACGGGCUCUAGGCGCGUGGGCUUCAGUAGUUGCAGCACAUGGGCUCAAUAGUUCUGGCUCACGAGCUUAGUUGCUCCGCGGCAUGUGAUAUCUUCCUGGGGCAGGCAUCGAACCUGUGUCCCCUGCAUUGGCAGGCGGAUUCUUACCCACUGUGCUACCUGGGAAGUCCGGAUGUAAGGUGUUUAAAGCCUGUGGUUAGUCAUUGUCUUACUCAUCAGCAGAGACUGUGGAAAAUAUUUGAGUCUGUCAUGAGUUUUUGAACUGCUAGGAUCAGUGAUGAACUUUACUCUUGUGGACUUAACCAUCCUCAAUUCCAUGAAUUUUUAUCAGAAAUAGAAGCUGGGGGACUUCCCCGGUGGCGCAGUGGUUAAGACUCCAUGUUUCCAAUGCAGGGGGCCAGGGUUUGAUCCCUGGCCAGGGAACUAGAUCCCACAUGCAUGCCGCAACUAAGACCAGGCGCAACCAAAUAAAUAAAUAAAUAAAUUUUUUUUUAAGGAAAAAAAAUAGAAUCUGAAUAUUCUGGCAUGCCCUACUACACAACAGUUUGAUAGCUUAGCAGUGGUAAAGUUUUCUUGUGAUUUUUUGAGUUCAGGGCUGAGAUUGAACUUUUUCUGAAAGAAGAAUCAUUCUCAGCCACUAUUACUGAAUGUUGAAUGGCUCAGGAAAUUAGCUUUUGCUGCAGACUUGAUAAUGUUUCUUAAUGAAUUCAGCCUAAAAUUUCAAGGCAAAACAUCACAUAUCACUUAUACGCAAAUCUUAUAUUGCAGUAAUUUUGACAACUAAUGUUUGAAUCAUGAGUCAUGUCAAGCUGCUUUAUAUACUUCCUCUGCUGCCAAAAGUUAAAACAAAGGCGAGAUCUCUAUUCCUACACAAAUUUACCAUGGAUAUGAUUUCCAAACCCAAAUUAUAGUUUGAGCUGUGAUUUUGCAUCUUGAUAGGAAUACAAAGGAAAUUUCCAUGUUUCAAAAUCCACGUACCUUUGCAAAUAAGCAGUUUACGCCAGACCUUCAAUUGGAAGUGAUUAAAAGAAUCAAGAUACAAAUAGAAUUGUAUAAAUGUCUUCUAAGACUAAUAUGCUCAAUUAAAGUCAUGCUUGUAGAAUUAAAUUCAUGUAGCAGCAUUUGGCAGUACCUGUCUAUGUGAAAAGACAUUUUCAAAGGUGAAAUACGUAAAAUCUUUUUACAGAAUCAGCAUUAACAGAUGAACAUUCGUAACCAAUUAGGAUGAAAGGAACCCCUGACUUUGCAAAUGUUAUUCCCGCCCCCCCCAAAUCUAUCCUUAUUAGUAGAUCUGUGUUACCAAAAAUUGUAGCCAAUUAUUAUUAUAUUUUCACCAAUAAAAAAAUUUGUAGAAAUUUGUUUUUUCUCUUGCUAUGUGAUAUGUUAAGUACCUGCAUAAUAUCCUCAGUUUGGCCUUUUAGCCCUCAAAGUCUAAAAUACUUACUAUAUGGUCCUUCACGGAAAAAGUUUGCUGACCCUACUGUAGAGUUUAGCUUGCUGUUGGGGAGAGGAACAGGUCCGUGGCAGCAGGGGAGGUAGAGGCAGAGUGAGGCCAUGCUAAGCACGAUUCUAGAAGCACUGGGGAACUAGAUGUGGUUUCUAACAUCAGCUACUUUCUCAUCGCCUCUAAGUUUACGAGGUUUUUUCUAACAGUCCUCUCUUAAUACUCCACUCUUUAUUCAGUUUAUUCAGACUCUUCCAGAAGAGAGUGAAACACUCGAUAAAGCUAGUAAGUGGGACAGCUUGGAAUAGGAUUUAAAGUUUAGCUGGAGGGAAUUCCCUGUGGUUAGCACUCUGUGCUUUCACUGCCAAGGCCUGGGUUCCAUACCUGGUCCUCAGGGGACUAGGAUCCUGCAAGCAGUGUGGUAGGGCCCAGAAAAAACUAAAAAAAAAAGUUCAGCUGGAAAUUGAGCUGGUAACAUUUAGCACUUGAUUUAACACCUCCUUAAGAGUGAUGUAAUUUACUGAAUAUAUUGGUUUUGUUGUUGUUGGGUUUUUUAAUUAAUUUAUUGGCUGUGUUGGGUCUUCAUUGCUGCAAGUGGGCUUUCUCUAGUUGCGGGGAGCAGGGCCUACUCUGUUGUGCUGGGCUUCUGAUUGCAGUGACUUCUCUUGUUGCACAGAUUCUAGGCACGUGGGCUUCAGUAGCUGUGGCGCACGGGCUUAGUUGCUCCGUGGCAUGUGGGAUCUUCCAGACCAGGGCUCGAACCCAUGUCCCCUGCAUUGGCGGGUGGAUUCUUAACCACUGCGCCACCAGGGAAGUCCCUGAAUAUAUUGUUAAUCCCUUAUGUGUGUCAUCACUGAUGGUUUAAUGAGGCAAGUGAUCAAAUUUAGAUUUCAAGUAGCCUGUUUUAGAAUUUUGGAAAGUAAAAUUUUUAGGGAAAGGCAUUAGUUUUGUAAAGUGGUUUAAUAAUAUGAUACUUUAUGAUUAUAUUUGUGUAAAAACACUGGGAGAAAAUUUACCAAAAGUCUAGUAUUAUUCAUGGUAGGAUUAAGAUGAUUUUGCCCUUUUCUACAUUUAAAAAUGUUUUGUAAGUGGGCAUGUUAAUUUCACAAUGAUCCUUUACAUUUAUGAAUAAACCAUUAAUAGGAUAAUUAAUAUGGUGUCAUAAAAAGGAGUGAAAGCUUCGAUUGAAAGUCAGCCCCAUGUGGGGCAAACAUGCAGACACUGCUCCUUAGUCCAGGUGAGGCUCUGACCAGCCACAGUGUCCCUCCAGCCUUCGUUGACCCUCCUGCUGGGAAGGAGGAAGGACGGCUCUUGUCAGCUCUGAUAACUCAGGGCCUAGGUGGUUUCUGGACUCAUCCUAGCCACAGUAAGUCGCUAAGGCCUCACUGUCUGAAGCUAGUCUGUUCAUUAUCUUUUGUCCUUGAGCGAGGGCAUUCCUGGGAGAUGGAAGUGUGAAGAACUGAGCUCUUUGGCCCUGUGCACCGCCCAGAUCUUGGAGUGGGGCGGGGGUGGUUGGUGACUUCUCUCCUAACCAAGGAUUCCGGCACUUCUUGGUUUUCCUGAGAGCUGGUUGAAUUGAAGAGUAAGUCUCAACCUAUUUUCUUAGAUCUUGUGCUUUCGACCUUUAAAAUGGAAAGACCAGUUGGAGCUUAAUGGAGACAGUUGUUCGUUUCCACUGGAAAUUGUUUCAUUUCAAUCCAGGAAAGUAGAAAAGAGUGAUUUCUAAGUGAGUUUCUCCUUGCCGUCUGAGCACUGCAUUGCACAAGGUUGGAGGGGGACAGGGAGAGUGGGAAGUUCUGACUAAACAUUUUGGUUCCCAGGUGGUGGAUGGUUCAGUUCUGUUAAUGACUUAAGCAGAAUUUUAUAGACAUUUCUCUCAUUGAUUAUUGUUGGUUGAAAUUGAGUACUCUGCCUGCCUAGAUUCAGUCAUUUGGCCCCUUCUCUCAUGAGAGGCUUUUCUGCAGGACAGUCCACCCUAUCCACUGAGUUACGGAUUUCCCACACUGUAGUGCUUUUCACGAGGGGAUAGGAUUAGGCUCCCAGCUCUUAAUGUCUUCCUGAGGGCGGCAUCAUAAAACUGUUGGUAUUGCUUUGUGGACUUUGCCCCGUGUGUGACUCCUUGUUAUAUUCAUUCAGCAAACUUUGUCACUGUACUGGGCUCUUACAUACUUGUCAUCAAAGACUUUAUAAUCUAGUAAUAGAGGAAAAUGUACACACCAUCAGUAUGCAAGGCAGGAUAAGGGCUCUAAGAAAUGUCUAGAGAAAGUGCUGUAAAAACUUAGAGAUGAUAACUUAGCUGGGGACCAGGGCAGGAGAUGGGGAGUUUAGAUAGAGGUCAAGGAAAACUUCAUGAAGGUGAUGGCAUCAGAAGAUUCAUUACCACUGAACUCGGCCUUGAAAGAUUUCUGCAGGUGAAGGAGGGGACGUGAGCAAAGGCAAGGAAGUCAAAGAUGUCUUUGCAAGACACCAAGGACUCCAGUGUUACUGGAAUCAAGAGAAAUGAGGCUGGAAAAGUACAUUGGGUACCUGAAGGAAUUCCGCACUGAGCAGUGCCCGCUCUUUGUGCAGCACAAAUGCGCUCAGCAUCGGCCCUACACCUGCUUCCACUGGCAUUUCGUGAACCAGCGCCGCCGCCGGUCCAUUCGCCGUCGGGACGGCACCUUCAACUACAGUCCCGACGUCUAUUGCUCCAAGUACGAUGAGGCCACGGGCCUCUGCCCGGAGGGCGACGAGUGCCCAUUCCUGCACAGGACCACAGGGGACACUGAGCGCAGGUACCACCUGCGCUACUAUAAGACUGGAAUCUGCAUCCACGAGACAGACUCGAAAGGCAACUGCACCAAAAACGGCCUGCACUGCGCUUUUGCUCAUGGGCCCCAUGACCUCCGCUCCCCUGUCUACGACAUCAGAGAGCUCCAGGCAAUGGAGGCUUUGCAGAACGGCCAGACCACAGUAGAGGGCAGCAUAGAGGGCCAGUCGGCUGGGGCUGCGAGUCACGCCAUGAUAGAAAAAAUCCUCAGUGAGGAGCCACGGUGGCAAGAGACUGCUUACGUGCUGGGGAACUAUAAGACGGAGCCGUGCAAGAAGCCCCCACGGCUGUGCCGCCAGGGUUAUGCCUGUCCCUACUACCACAACAGCAAGGACCGGCGGCGGAGCCCCCGGAAACACAAAUACAGGUCGUCUCCAUGUCCGAGUGUAAAACAUGGGGAUGAGUGGGGAGACCCCGGCAAGUGUGAAAAUGCAGACUCCUGCCAGUAUUGCCACACCCGCACGGAGCAACAGUUCCACCCGGAGAUCUAUAAAUCUACCAAGUGCAACGACAUGCAGCAGUCGGGCAGCUGUCCCCGAGGACCUUUCUGCGCCUUCGCCCAUGUAGAACAGCCACCCCUCAGUGACGACCUGCAGCCUUCCUCAGCUGUGUCCAGCCCCACCCAGCCAGGCCCUGUCUUGUACAUGCCGUCUGCUGCUGGAGACUCGGUGCCCGUGAGCCCCUCCAGCCCACAUGCCCCUGACCUCAGUGCUCUUCUCUGUAGAAAUAGCAGUCUAGGCAGCCCAUCUAACCUUUGUGGCUCCCCACCCGGCUCCAUCAGGAAGCCUCCAAAUCUGGAAGGCAUUGUCUUUCCUGGGGAGUCUGGCCUCGCCCCUGGCAGCUAUAAGAAGGCUCCUGGCUUCGAGAGGGAAGACCAGGUGGGAGCAGAGUACCUGAAAAAUUUGAAAUGCCAGGCCAAGUUAAAACCCCACUCACUAGAGCCCAGGAGUCAAGAGCAGCCUCUGCUUCAGCCCAAACAGGACAUGCUGGGCAUCCUCCCCGUGGGCAGCCCCCUGACCUCAAGCAUCUCUUCUAGUAUCACCUCCAGCUUAGCAGCUACUCCCCCCAGCCCCGCCGGCACCAGUAGCGUUCCUGGCAUGAAUGCAAAUGCUCUGCCCUUCUACCCCACCAGCGACACGGUAGAGUCAGUCAUAGAGUCCGCCCUGGAUGACCUGGACCUGAAUGAGUUCGGGGUUGCUGCCCUAGAGAAGACUUUUGAUAACAGCACGGUGCCCCAUCCGGGCAGCAUCACAAUCGGCGGCAGUUUGCUGCAGAGCUCCGCACCCGUGAACAUCCCUGGCUCCUUGGGCAGUUCUGCUUCCUUCCACUCAGCAUCCCCGUCCCCUCCCGUCAGCCUCUCCUCGCAUUUCCUGCAGCAGCCCCAGGGCCACCUGAGCCAAUCAGAAAACACAUUUUUGGGGACCUCAGCAUCACAUGGAUCUUUGGGUCUGAAUGGGAUGAAUAGCAGCAUCUGGGAGCACUUUGCCUCUGGAAGCUUCUCCCCGGGCACUUCCCCUGCCUUCCUGUCAGGGCCUGGGGCUGCCGAGCUGGCCCGGCUUCGGCAAGAGCUAGAUGAAGCCAACGGCACCAUCAAGCAGUGGGAGGAGUCCUGGAAGCAGGCGAAGCAGGCUUGUGAUGCCUGGAAGAAGGAGGCAGAGGAGGCCGGGGAGCGGGCCAGCGCAGCAGGUGCUGAGUGUGAGCUGGCCCGGGAGCAGCGGGAUGCACUGGAGGUGCAGGUGAAGAAACUACAGGAGGAGCUGGAGCGGCUACACUCGGGCCCUGACCCACAGGCCCUGCCCACCUUCCCUGACCUGGAGGCCCUCUCGCUCUCCACCCUCUACUCUCUCCAGAAGCAGCUGCGGGCUCACUUGGAGCAAGUGGACAAGGCCGUGUUCCACAUGCAGUCGGUGAAAUGCCUUAAGUGUCAGGAGCAGAACCGAGCGGUGCUGCCGUGCCAACACGCCGUGCUGUGUGAGCUCUGUGCCGAGGGCAGUGAGUGCCCUGUCUGCCAGCCCGGCCGGGCCCACGCCCUCCAGUCGUGACCCUGCAGGCCUGGCCCCGGCCUGGCUCAGAUCUCCCCUAGGACUUUUUAAAGUAUAUAUAUGUAUGUAUGUAUGUAUGUAUAUGUAUAUGUAUAUGAUUAUGUAUAUGUAUACAUUUCUGUGUGUGUGCAGGUGUGCGUGGGCGGCCAGUGUGUGAACAGUGUCUGUGUGUAUAUCUGUACAUAGAUAUAGACACACACUUUAAAACAGACUUACCAAGCACUUUUUAAAAGAAAAAACUAUUUUGCAGUCCUCCCCCUGCCCGCUCCCUACUUUUCCCACUGCAGAGACAAAGUCCCUUCUUCUCCCACCAGCCUUUUGGCAGGGAAUCUGUUUCUGUUUCUUUUUUAUGUAGGAACUAACUAUUUUUAACUUCUUCCUGGGGCCUGAGCAGGGAAGGGUGGGAAGCUGGAAGGGGCCGAGGGAAGGGGACAAGCCUGCAGGGCAGGCCCUGUUCACCCCAGCUCCCCAGGCCAGGGCGAGAGCCAGGGGUAGGGAGGACUUGGGGGCAGACCUGGUUCCCAGCUGUGAGGUUUGAGAAGGGGUCCAGGCCCGCCUAGCUCCUAGGUUUACCAAAUGUGUAUGUAGUCCGGGCUGGCAGGCCAAAGCUGUGGGGCCAGCCCCACUCCCGACCCUGGGCCCUUGAAGCUCCUCGAGGGGCAAAGCCCAGGCCUUCUACCCCUCAGGUACCUGAGGCCAGGGAUCUACCCCAGUCCUCCCCCAACCCCCGGGCUCCUAGAGCAGCCUCCCUGGCCCCAGGAACACCUAUAAGGCUGGCACUGCCCUCUCCAUCACCCCCCAGCUGCCCUCAGCUGUCCCCCCUUUUGCACAGCCCUCCGUGCUGUCCACCCCUCCCUCUGGCAGCUAGCAGGGCAAUAGGUGUGGAGGAGCUGCGGACUGUGAGGACCAAGGUGGGGCCCAGGCCCUGCCCUCCUCCCCAGGAGGGGCUCCGUAUGCAUUCCUUGGUGCUCUCUUGAGUGCAGCUGACGUCCUGCCCGUUUGGAGCAGACGCCUGUGUGCAUGUGUGUGUGUGCCUGUCCGAUGUAUAUUGUGUCUUAGCUUCCAUUUUUAAAAUUGUUCUGUACAGAGAGAUGCAGCAGGGGGCGGGGGGGAGAGUGGGCAGAGGGAAGCCACCCCAUUCCUGGCACUGGGGGUCUGGGGUGGGUGUAAGAGGGCUGCAAAGGGUCUGGCCCAGUCCAGGCCCCCCCCCCCCCCCACCUUGGGCUCAGCACGAAAGGGCUUUCAAUGAAUUAAGUGAAAACUUUUUUACAAAAAAUGCAAAAAUCAAAGCUCCAAAUGUAUUGGAAAUAAAAUAUGAACUUG